GCAAGGCAAUGAAGAAACGAAUUGUUGAACAGGCCUGGCUUCAAGGACAGGAACGUCCCAAUUAUUCUGGGUUCUCUAAGGACGACUUGAUUUUGAGACAGCCUAGCGCUCUUUAUCAUCGUGUCUUUCUGCUGAUUCAGGAAUAUCAAUACUUUGACUAUUUUGUCAAUUUGAAUAUGCCUGCGUUAGUUAAAAAUGUCAUCCAAUCUUAUUUAGCCCCUUCGUCCCAGUUUCAAAACCGCAAAGCGCAGGGCUCCACGCUCACAGAUGCAGUCACUUCUUGGUAUGCUAACUCAUUCUUCAAACAGAGGUGCACCAGCCCGAUCGUCUCAGCUCGAUACCUAUCAAUGCGACGUGUGUUCUUCACCACCCCCCAUUACACAUUCAAAGUGGAGAGAUAUAUUGAGUCCAAUGAGUUGAAUGCACUCGUCAGGCUCCUUGGUCCCUGCGGAAUCCGACACCUUGAUUGCGCCAUGCUUGACUGCACCGUUCAACAAAUACGAGUACUUCUAGAUGCAUUCAAAUUGAUGAAGCCCCAGCUAAAAACAAUUAACAACUCCGAGCUCUAUUCCACGCACGUUCAAGUCCUGAAGACGCUCAAAUCGAGCACCUAUAUCCGCGAAUUCAUCAUCUCGGCUAUAUCUCUAGGACGCAUCUUAACCUACAGAAGAAUGAUAUAUGAUGCCCUGGAAGACGUCCAGCACCAAGUCGUCCCCCACAUCUAUCAAUCCCUCAAAAAUACCUGUCAACAAGCCCUUCAAAUGUCAGGUUCCAAUGCCGACAUUUCGGAGCUCAGGUCCCUAGCACAAGACGCUGGCGUCAGAAUUAUGGGGGACCAGGUGCUCACAGAUGCUAUAUCUGCUGCUAUCAAGACAGACAAAGAGCGCUACUCCCUUCUACCUCUCGCCUUUGUUGUUUCCCUGUUCUCUUCAAGCGAAUGGAGAGAUGCCAACUUUGACCCCGUCACUCAGUCUUUCGACAAUAACAUUCACCUCGUAGCCAGGGCUAUCAUCGAUACCUUCUGGUUUUUCUCCUCUAUUCAAAAAACAGGUCGCCAAGAAUACUUCGAAAACCAGUUCAUUUUCUUCGUCGGUAAAUCCACCACAAUGUUGGCCUACCUCAUUGCUGACCAAAAGUUAGAAAAAGCUGUCCCGAAGGAAUUCAUAAACAUCCUAAUAUUCCUAGAUCUAUUCGUCAAACUCAUCCCAUUAUCGUUCAGGCGUAGAGUCAAAUGGCAUCUCCCUUACGCCCUUAUCCGCCUCGCUCGCACUACUUCGAAAAAGAAAAAAACCUCUUAAACGCCAGAAAAAAUGCUCUCCUCAGCGCACGAAGCCAUUUCGCCGACUCGCAAGCGAGCUUCUAGCGAAAAACAAAUGCUCAUCUACUCUGCACAGUUCGUACACACAAUGUCCACCAUACACGAAUACGCUCCAUCGACCUACACACCCUUACGUUCGCGCGCGUGCGUUCGCAGAGCCCCACUCACCUCUAUCAUACAGUUGUGCCAUCUCGUCGGUGCUCCUGGGCAACGCCCCCCUCCAUGUGCUUUUGCCCGCCUAUCGCAAACGUUCACCUAUUUAUAGCACCUGUGUACAUGUACAUACGUUUACGCUGUAGGAAAAAACCAUUAUUAUAUACUGCUGGAAGAGGUAGCCAAGGCGAGGUAUUGGCGAAUUCGGACUUAAAGCAUGAUUGUCCUCGGUGUGACUGGAGGCAUAGCCUGCGGUAAGACGACGGUGACUAGCUACAUGCAGAAGAGCUUCGGCCUCCCGUGCAUCGACAUGGAUCAGAUAUCGAGGGACGUUGUUCACCCGGGAAGUCGGACUUAUUUCCGCAUUAAGAAUGCAUUUCCAGAGGUUUUUCCGAAAUCGGAUUCGAGCUCUGAGCUGCUGCCUUUUGACCGGGCGGCGCUUGGCCGCAUUAUAUUUGCUGACCAGAGGCAGCGGAAAAAGCUGAAUCAGAUUAUGUUCGUACCUCUUAUCUGGGAGCUGUUGAAAAACAUUUUUUUUGCCUACUGGAGGGGCACCGAUAUUUUGGUUGUCUCGGCACCUCUGCUCUAUGAGGCGAAGCUAGACAGGAUAUGCACGGCUGUUUUGGUUGUGUUUGUGGAGCCAGAGUCGCUGCAGAUUGAAAGGCUGAUGAAGAGGGAUUGCAUCGAUCGAGAACAGGCUAAGUGCAAGAUCGACGCCCAAAUGCCGCUUCAAGAGAAGAAAUGCCGCGCUCGUUUCUGCAUCGAUAACAGCCGAACGAGAGAAGAAACAAUAAGGGAGUUAGAGGACGUGAUGACCAAGGUGAAAAAGCUAAAACCCUGGCUCCCGAGGAACACCUUGGUUUCGUAUUUAGGUCUGGUCUGUCUGAGUAUAUUGAUGAUCUAUUUCUGGCUGAGAGAUAAAGGCUCAAAUUAGACCAUCCGCACAAUAAAGCAAAAACUUCGGGGAAAAUACACGCCACCAAAGAGAUAGAGAGAAGGCAGGCUGCGCGCCCCUCUGGAUAAACGAGGCAGUACGAGUCCAGCACCCAAUGUCUGAACCAUGAUGGAAAAUCUCACGCGGACUGAAUAGUAGCUAUUGAAGCACUUCCUUGCUCGUUUAACCAAAAUGAUACGAUAGGAGUACAAAAAAGUUCAUGCCAUUUGACAGAUCCGAGCCCAAGAGAAUUGGCAGAACACACAAUAUUGCCAAAACUGGUGUGCUGAUGACUUGAGAUAGACUCAUGAACGAAGUUUUUAUUAGUUCGCGUUCGAAGACGAUUUACCAUCCUGCGAUAACACCUGCUACGCCACACUACUAUCCGCGGGGUACUAUAUCGUAGGGGCGCAUUCAUUUCUGCAACAUUGAAUGAUUGAGACCAUAUGACGCAAAAAUAUGUAUUUUGCUAAUCUAGAUGUUUUUCUAUCGCUAGGUGCUUUUCCAAAAGGGCAUAUCCUAGAAACGUUUAGUCUAGCGUUUGAAAUACUUUUUCAAGAGUAUGAGAACGUUAGGCACGUUGAACGACAUGUAUGAUAUCAACUUUGUGUAAAGGAUAUGAAUAUUCACUCGUGGUGUGCAUAAUGACACGAUAUUUUGAAGCGGUGAUGUAAUUGUUCUCUAGAAAGGGAGCUGAUGUGUUUAAAAAGGGAAAGAGAAAUGAGCAAGUCGAGAUUAUCGUUGGUUAGACAUUUUAACUGAAAGAUAAUUUUUUGAGUCGUUAAAAAUUGUGUACGCUGUUUUUUUGCUAGUGUUUUAAAACAGGGCUAUACAUUUUUGGGGUCAGUUGGUGGCUGCUGAUGUAGAACAAAUAGUCGAUAGCAGUUGAAGUGCUAUGCGCAUUGUAAGGCUAUUUGGAAGAUACUGGUGGCCAGUGCUGUCGAAAAUAUCUCGAACAAAAAAUUGGGAAAAACAGAUAUCUCUCACCUGAGCAGUCUGUCGUGGUUGAACUUUCAUGUCACGCCACCGAAGGUACUCUUUGAACAGCGAUCUACAAAUAUUGCUGCCAUCAAUAUGAAGGGGGGAAUGUACAAGAUUCGGUAUGCUGACUUGAGAAAAAGCCUGUAUAUCGAAUAAGAAGUACAGGUGAAAUUGAGCGUGGAAGAGAAUGCAACCAAAUAGAGGAUGAUUUUUUUUUUUGACAGUUAUUUUAUGCAUCAGAGAUGACAAGUCCACUUGUACCUAUCAUUUCUCCCUCCAUUUUAUCGUCGGAUUUUGCAUUCCUGGGGCAGGAAGUUCAGAGGAUGAUUGAUUUAGGUGCAGAUGCCAUCCAUGUAGAUGUGAUGGACGGACAUUUUGUCCAAAACAUCACUCUAGGCCCGCCGAUAGUCAAAUCGCUGAGGAACUAUAUAGGCCCGAAGCCAACUUUGGACUGUCAUUUAAUGGUUUCAAGACCAGAGAAUUGGAUAGAUGCAUUCUCGGCAGCUGGAGCGUCCAGUCUGACAGUGCACGUAGAGACGUUUGAUGUCGAAUUGGGAAAACACAUUGUCGAAAAAAUAAAAAGCACCGGUCUGAAAGCUGCGUUGGCACUGAAGCCUGGUACGCCUGUUGAGGCAAUUAUUCCAUACAUGCAGAGCCAUCGGUCAAUGAUCGAUAUGGUGCUUGUGAUGACCGUUGAACCCGGGUUCGGAGGCCAGGCGUUUAUGAAAGAUAUGAUGCCAAAGGUAAAUUUUUUAAGAUCCCGUUAUUCAGACUUGAACAUCCAAGUGGACGGUGGACUUACAUUGGACACCAUCGAUAUGGCAGCAAAGGCAGGUGCAAACGUUAUUGUGGCGGGAUCGGCGAUAUACCAGGCACAAAACCCGAAAGAAGUCAUCAGAUCAUUUAAGGACACUGUAUCAAAAUGUCUUCAAGGCUCCUGAAACACAUAAAUAGGAGAAGUGCAAUUUUGGCGCUCGAUACCACUGAAAAAAUUUCUCAUGAUCAAAAAGUCAGUCAGUGAUAAACAAGCAGGUGUUUGUAACAAUCUUGACUCAGACAAUAUCAAAAGACGUUCAAAUUUCAUAGACUGGUCUCAAGAGUUUGGUUUUCAUGUAUCACUCUGCAAAAAAAAAAAAUUGAGCAUAAAAUAGUUGAGAGAGAAUCAACACUCGAAAGUUUAUUUUGUCCAUACACAGAAAUAUGUCGAUACAUAUUAUUAAAACAGUAACCUCAUAUCUUAUCAUU